GUGAGAGUCCUGGUUGUACAUGGAAGAUGACAGAAAAAGCCAAUGGAGAGAAGAGCUCCCUAGCCAAUAACCACAACCAUCAUGCACCUCCUGCCAUCAAGGUCAAUGGCGAAGAUGACCACAGGACCAGCAACAGGCCACAGUCUGCGGCCGACGAUGACAUCUCCUCAGAACUACAGAGGCUGGCAGAGAUGGAUGCCCCCCUGCAGAGGAGGGGUGGCUUCCGCAGUAUUGCCUGCCUGGUGGGGGUCAUCAGAGAGUGGGCCAACAAGAAUUUCCACGAGGAGGAGCCCAGACCUGACUCGUUCCUUGAGCGUUUCUGUGGGCCUGAGCUCCAGACCGUGACGACACAGCAAGGAGAUGGCAAAGGCGACAAGGACAGCGAGGGCGAAGGCAAGGCAGCAAGUAUAGCUGUCUGGCCUGUGGGACUGGAAGGGCUCCCAAGCAUGUGGAAGAAAUGUGAACUAUUUGUCAUCGCCAUGCCUGUCCUCUACAACUGGUGCCUUCUGGUGGCCAGAGCCUGCUUCAGUGACCUACAGAAAGAUUACUACAUAGUGUGGCUGGUGCUGGACUACUUCUCAGAUGUGGUCUACAUCGCAGACCUCUUCAUCCGAUUGCGCACGGGUUUCCUGGAGCAGGGGCUGCUGGUCAAAGAUACCAAGAUGUUGCGGGACAACUACAUCCACAUCCUGUAGUUCAAGCUGGAUGUGGCUUCCAUCAUCCCUACAGACCUGAUCUAUUUUGCUGUGGGCAUCCACAGCCCUGAGCUGCGCUUCAACCGCCUGCUACACUUUGCCCGCAUGUUUGAGUUCUUUGACCACACUGAGACACGCACCAGCCACCCCAACAUCUUCCACAUCAGCAACCUGGUCCUCUUCAUCUUGGUCAUCAUCCACUGGAAUGCCUGCAUCUACUACGCCAUCUCCAAGUCCAUUGGUUUUGGGGUCGACACCUGGGUUUACCCCAACAUCACUGACCCUGAGUAUGGCUACCUGUCUAGGGAAUACAUCUAUUGCCUUUACUGGUCUACACUGACCCUCACCACCAUUGGGGAGACACCACCCCCUGUAAAAGAUGAGGAGUACCUAUCUGUCAUCUUUGAUUUCCUGAUUGGUGUCCUCAUCUUUGCCACCAUCGUGGGAAACGUGGGCUCCAUGAUCUCCGACAUGAACGUCACCCGGGCUGAGUUCCAGGUUGGCUACUCAGAUCUCUUCUGCUUGUCCAAGGAUGCUAUGGAAGCUGUGAUGGAGGACCCUGAUGCCAAGAGGGUCUUGGAGGAGAGAGGCUGGGAGAUCUUGAUGAAGGAGGGAUUGCUGGAUGAGAAUGAGGUGGCAGCCAGCAUCGAGGCAGAUGUGCAGGAGAAGCUAGAACAGCUGGAAACCAACAUGGAGACCUUGUACACUCGCUUUGCCUGCCUGCUGGCUGAGUACACAGGGGCCCAGCAGAAGCUCAAGCAGCGCAUCACGGUUUUGGAAACCAAGACGAAGCAGAAUAAUGAGGACGACUACUACCUGUCAGAUGGAAUGAAUAGCCCCAAGCCAGCUGCUGCUGAGAAGCCAUAA